ACAGGGGACCGCAUGCCCAGGUUCUUCGAGGUGGCGGGGGUGGUGGGUGCGUACACCAGUCAUCACAGCACCAUCGUGGCGCGCGUGCUGCGGCUGUUCGGCCUGCCGCUCAUCAGCCCCUCGGCCACCAGCGACGUGCUCAGCGACAAGGCUCGCUUCCCGCUCUUCCUGCGGACUCUGCCCCCCAACCACGACCAGGUGCAGGCCAUGGCGGCGCUCGUGCGCCACUUCAACUGGACCUACGUGUCGCUGGUGUACUCUGACGACGCCUACGGCUACAACAGCCAGACACAGCUGACGCAGCUGUUAGCAGCACGCGGGGUCUGCGUGGCGCAGUCGCUGCAGCUGGGGUCGGAGCGGGGGUCGGGCAGCGAUUACGACGCCAUCAUCACGGCCUUGAGGCGCCACGCGCAUGCGCGAGUGGUCCUACUGUACGCCAACGUGCAGCACGUGCUACCGCUUCUGGCCGCGCUGCGUCGGCAGGGGGCGCAGCAGGAGUUCACGUGGAUCGCCAGCGACGCGGCCAGCAUCUUCUCGGACCAAAACUCGCAGCUGUGCGACCUGCUCCGCGGCUCCUUCACCAUCAAGGCGCACUCCGUGACCCCGCCGCGCUUCGCGGCCUACCUCAAGGACAGGAUCCUGCAGCAAGUCCACGCCGCCGCCGCCGCCACCAACGGCUCGUGCAACCCGGUCUCGCUGCAGUCGUGGCCUCCGUCCGUGUGGGAAGGUCGCGACCAGCGCCCCCUGUCGGACAGCGAAGACGAGGCCGUGCUGACGUAUGCCGCCUUCGUCAUCGACUCGGUGUACGCACUGGCUCACGCUAUUCGCGCGCUGCUGGACGACAAGUGUCCGCAGGCAACGGGGCGCGACGCCCGCGCGUGUGUCCGCCAGCACUCGGUACACCCUUACCUAAAGCGUGUCAGCUUCGAAGGCACGAGCGGGCGGCUGGAGUUCGAUUCCGAUGGAAACGUCAUGGGCGUGACGGAGGUCCGCCAGUGCCAGGAGCGCAACGGCCGGACACUGAACCACGUGGUGGCCACCUGGGACCGUCGGCAGGCCGUGCUCAAGGUGCGUGACGCAUUUCCGGAAGGCGGCGGUCAGCCACCUGUGUCUGUGUGCGGGCUGCCGUGCGGCGCCGGGCAGAUCUACGCCUUCACGCGCCUCACGUGCUGCUGGAGCUGCGUCAGCUGCAAGCCAACGAGGUGAUCAGACAACGCCAGCACGUGCCUGGCAUGUCCACGCUUCACCUGGCCUGACCCCACGGCGCGCCGCCACUGCCAGCAGCUGGAUGUCCCCGCCACACCCACCCACCACGUGGUGGCCUCGACCUUGCAGGUGGCUGCCGUGCUGGGCUUGAUGGUGGCCGCGGUCACGGCCUUCACCUUCGCCCUCUACCGUCAGCAGCGUGUCAUCCGUUCGUCCAGCCGCGAGCUCAGCGCCGUGCUGCUGGUGGGCGUGUCCACCGCCUACCUUCUCGUCUUCCCCCUCCUCGCCACACCCUCCUCCUCCACCUGCUACGUCACGCACGUGGGCUUCGGUAUGACCUUCACCUUGGUAUAUGCGCCCUUGCUGGUCAAGACUCACCGCAUCUUCCGCAUCUUCCGCGCCGGCAAGCAGUCGGCGGCCCUGCCAGCCUGCACCUCGUCCUGCUCACAGCUGGCACUGGUGGCCCUCCUCGUGUCUGUGCAGGUGAUGAUUGUCAGCGUGUCCACGGUGAUGGAGCCCCCCAGCGCGGAGCUGCGGCAGCCGGUGCUGACGGAGCGCUACGUGGAGCGCCUUUGCCGCCUGCCGCUAGGGGGCGUGGUGGCGGCGCUGUGCUACAACGUGCUGCUGGUGCUGGUGUGCACCGUGCUGGCCUUCAAGACGCGCCGCCUGCCGGACAACUACAACGAGUCCCGCUACAUCGCCUUCUGCGUGGACACCACUCUGCUCGUGUGGCUCACCUUCGUCCCCGCCUACUUCACGGCGGCUUUGGCCGCCCACAAGGUGGUGGUGCUGGCCCUGGCGUUGCUGCUGAACAGCUCCGUGCACCUGGCCUGCCUCUUCCUGCCGCGCCUCUACACUCUCUUCCGCGUCAUGCGAGGCGCGCCCCCUAGCGAGACCAAGCGAUGCACGUGCAGCUACGGUCAGAUCCCCUUGCAGCGGACCUCAGCGCUGGAGGUCGGGGGUUCCUUCACCAGCGACGUGGCCGGCUCGACCAACGAAAUGUUGGUUUCCAACGUAUUCGGUGCCGGCUCGACCAGCGAGAUGCUGUUGUCCGGUGGUUUCCGUCCUGGUGGGGUUCGCACGCAGACGAUCUCGGAUCGUCGGGACGCGAGGUUCAACAAGAGCAGCGACCGCGCCCCCAUCGCCGCCAGACGGGGCACCACCAUCACCAGCAGUGUCCCCACUGUGUUUGAGUCCAUCCCCCCGCCGCUCGGCCCCAGCGGUGACGUGACCGAGAGACGAGACGGUUGCCGGCACGAGUUGCUGACUGAGUCAGGUGACAGCGUGACAUCGACUGACAGCACGUGCUCCGACCCCCAGGACGCGCUGCAGGAGACGCCCACGACUCACCACGCUGACCUCACCACGCUGUCAGACAGUGGCUGCGCCAUCUUCGAACGAAUGUUUGUCGAGAAAGCAAGUGGGACGACAAGGCUCCACAAACAAGCUGCCUUGAAUUGCGCGGCUGUCAGUCGUCUGAAGACGUCCAGUCACCGUCAGUGUGUCUGCUGCAGACAGAGGCAGACAUGAGAGAAGGUCUACUGGGGCUCGAGUCGUCUAUUUGCUGGCAGAAGUAAGGACGUGAGAGCAAAGCCUGUUGCCGGCAGAAGUAAGAGGGUCAUGAGAGGGUCACUGAUGUGAUUGGAUCAUAACAACAAUGCUCGCUCACAGAUUCUCCAUGAACUGUGAAGUGGAGCUGAAGCUGCCUCGGGGAUACAUGUGCAUCGCAAGCUGGACGGGCUCGUGUAACUGUAAACUGACUUGGACUUUACAGGCCAACAGAUAACAUGCUAGUCCCACCAGGUGUGUCUACCUGACUUAACAACAACAACAACAAUUGAUAAUUAUAGCGCCUUUCCAAAGAUUUGCUCAGAGCGCUUGACAGAAGUCAUAGAUCAUCAACAACCACACAUCCACAUUCGCAUGUAACUCACUGACUCACUUCUACAACACACACUCACUCAUACUUAAAGUACAUUACUGACACAUCACGUGACCAGGUCAUACGAUGACGUCAUGACCUCGACUGUCCCCUGAUGCUCAAGCAGCACCAGCUCUUGGUGAGACAGACGGAAGGGUAAUGAAGAGACAGAAAGUGCUGUCCGAUGCUCGAUGACGUGGCGAAAGGUAUGUGAAGGAUAGAAUGUCACAGCAGCGUCCAGUCAGGGUGUUGGAGGUGGAGUUACGGAUGUGAAAGCACUUGCAGAUUUGCCGAGUG